AGAGAGAGAGAGAGAGAGAGAGAGAGAAAGAAGGGGACUCAGAGACUCAGACAGAUGUGACCAAGACAGCAGCUCUAGCAACCAUGGACUUCUGCAAUAUGUGGGUACCAGAAAUCAGGAUGUCAAAGCCAGUAGAGGUUGAGAACACAGGGGCUGACUCUCCAAUGGAGAGCACAGAUUCAGAGCGGAAUGGUCCUGAUAAAAACCAUCAGCUUCAGCAGAUGAAAAUCAGUCCCUUUCACCUUUCUCCAACCCUCAGCAGCAACAAGAAUAAGAUGGAAGAGUGUGGUGAGAUGUCCCUGGGCCCUGCUCCCCACCACAGCCACGCCCCCUCACAGACGCCCCUCCCACACACACAGCUCAUGCUGACCAGCUCCCAACUGGCAGGGUUGACUGCUCUCUUGCCAGCGCAGCAGCAGUUGUUACUGCAGCAGGCUCAGGCUCAGCUUCUAGCUGCAGCUGUGCAGCAGUCUGUUCAGCAGUCCAACGCAGCUCACGCAGCUCACGCAGCCCACGCAGCCGCCCAAGCCAAUCAGCAUGCCCAGCAGCAGCAGGCGGGACAGACAGGGCAGCAGGGCCAAUCACAGCCCCAGGGACAGAGCACACAGGAACAGACAGGUCAACCUGUCCCUGUCCCGCCCACUCAUCCCCAGCUCACCCUCUCUCAGCCAAUUCAGCUCACCGCCCAGGACAUCCAGCAGUUGUUGCAGCUGCAGCAGUUGGUUCUGGUGCCAGGACACCACCUGCAGUCUCCUCAGUUCCUCCUCCAACAGCACCAAGGGCAGCAAGGACUACUAUCAACACCAAAUCUGAUUCAGCUACCUCAGCAAAACCAAGGGAGCCUCCUGUCCGCUCCCAGGCUGGGGCUCCAAGCACAGAGAGACAAGGCUAUGGAGGGCAGUGGGGUCAUGACCUCUGUGUCCUCUGUGACCUCUCACCCCGAGGAGCCCAGUGACCUUGAGGAACUGGAGGUGUUCGCCCGCACCUUCAAACAGAGACGCAUCAAACUAGGCUUUACACAGGGUGACGUGGGAAUGGCUAUGGGGAAGCUAUAUGGUAAUGAUUUCAGCCAGACCACCAUCUCUCGCUUCGAGGCCCUCAACCUGAGCUUUAAGAACAUGUGCAAACUCAAACCACUACUGGAGAAGUGGCUCAAUGAUGCAGAGACCAUGUCCACAGACAGUACUAUGCCCAGCCCCAGCUCUAUGACCUCUUCCUCAAUGGGCUUCGAGGGCCUGCCGGGCCGACGCAGGAAGAAAAGAACCAGCAUCGAGACUAACGUCCGCGUGGCGCUGGAGAGAGCCUUCAUCACGCAGAACCAGAAGCCUACCUCAGAGGAGAUCCUGUGUAUCGCGGACCAGCUCAGCAUGGAGAAGGAGGUGAUCCGCGUGUGGUUCUGCAACCGCCGACAGAAAGAGAAGCGUAUCAACCCCAACAGUGCCACCCCUCCCUUGCCCAGUCAGCUCCCCCAAGCCCCACCGACACACAAACCCCCCUGCUACAGCCCACACAUGAUGUCCAGUCAGCUGUCCAGUCAGCUGUCCAGUCAGAUGUCCAGUCAGCUGUCCAGUCAGCUGUCCAGUCAGCUGUCCCAGGCAGUGACCAGCCUCAGUACCACAUUGACCACCAUGUCAUCGUUCUCCCCUCAUACCCCCAGUGGUCCCACCCACUCAUCUCUCAGCUCUGCCUCCUCUCCAGUGACUCCUCCUCGAAGCACUGCUAGCCCAGCCCCUCCCAGCCACAGCACACUGAGUCUCAACACAGGCUUAUGGCGUUUGGGUAAAAAGAAUGGUGACGUGUCUAACUACAUCACCGAUUUUGCUGCAAACUUGAGGAACACUGUGAUGGGAGUAAACACAGGGAACCAGGCUCUGAACCAAGCUCUCCUCAGCAACAACCCUUUGGCUACUAUACAAGCCCUAGCAGCCAGUGGUGGCCAGCUGCCCCUUUCCAGUCUUGAGGGAGGCAGUAAGGUGUUGCUGGGUAGUGCAGGGGGGCAGGGAGGGGGUCUCCAGUCCUCCUUCUUCCUCAACCACCCCGCUUUCCUCCACAUGGGCCAGAAUUCUGGUUCUGGAUUGAUCAGCGCUGCCAUAGCCAAAGCAUCCCAGCCCUCCCCUUUCCCCUCCACCAGUAGCAUAAGCCCCACCCCCUGCUCCCCCUCCCCUUGCUCUAGCCCCGCCUCUUCCUGCGACUUCAAUGAAUUGGCACACAGCCCAUCCUCGUUGGGAGGGGCUAAGAUUGAGUGACACAGCCAAGCGCCAAUCAGAGAGGAGAAGGAGAAAGGAGGAAACGACAACCUCGCCUUUCAACCAAAGCUAUCUCUUUUAUCACUCUCGCCCUACACUCUCUCUCUCUCCCCCCCAGUCUUUCGAUGCCAAAAAUACACAGAAUGAAAGAGAGGAGAGGGGGGAGUCAGAAGUGAAAAGGGGGAGAAGGGGGGAAAGAGGAAGAUUUAAACCAAAAAUCUUUAUCUAUCCAAAGUGAUGGAGGAGGCAUCGUGGGACUGUUUAGUCAAUACUGAGCGAUAUCGCACCUCUCCUUUCUGUCUCUCUUUCUUUCCCGGGAAAAUAAACCAAUGACAAAUAACAGGAUUAGAGAUGUGUCGAAUCGUGUGAACCAAAAAUGACAAAAAUAAACAUUACUGUGUGUUUUGGGGGAAUGGUGACGGGGACAGAAAAAAUAAGUGGAUGAUUUUCUUUGAAAAGCUGCAGGUCUGAAUGAGGAGGAAAUGGGAGGAUUUUAAACCAAAAAUGUACCUGAGGAGGAGAAGAGGAACGCACGAUGACAAAAAUCAACAACCAUACCAAAAUCCCAGAAACCAAAAAUACGGAAGGAAAAGCUUUAUCCAAACGACUUGUACAUACUGAUCCUAUCCAGGACCAGGACUCUGCUACACACACACACACACAAUAUCCACAGCCAAUCACAUUCAUCCAUCCAAUCAGUCAUCCACCCAUCAUGUCUGUCAUAGUCUGUCACUCACUUUCACAGCAAUUUUGUUGUUUCUGUGGGAUAUUUUAGAUUGUUGUAAAUGGUUGAUACUGAAUGAGCCAAGCUUACAGGUGUGUCUCUGUUUGUGUUUUCCUACCUCUGCUUCUUUGGGUAUCCUAUCUCCCCCUUGAUUUCCAAUAGUUUACUGAUAGCGUUGGAGUCUGUCAUCAUCAUGCUGUGCCAUUUACUUCAUGUUGUCAGAGAUAAUAAGAGACAAGAGUGAACAAGAGAUCAGGCUGAGUGUAGCAGUUUCCAGCCUUGAUAAAAACCUCUCUCUCUCCGUAAUUACUCACAACAAAAUGACUCACUUGAUGAAAUAAUAUUAGACAUAGACUCAAUGUAGUCCUUGUGAAUGGCCAAUCCACCAUGAUGACAGUAUGAAAUUGAGCAUGAUUGGAGAUUUAAACUAGUAACAUUGAGGCAAGAAAGAGGUAAAUUAAUAAAAAUGUUAGUUUAGUCAUGGACAGGUCUGUCUUACGUUGUCAAUCAGUCAUCUGUCUCGACAUGCAGUAGAGAAACAGAGAUCAAAACCUGUUUAAUGUUUAAUAUACGUUGUUUUUAUUGUUCAUCAUCCCUCCAACCAUCCCAUUUUCACUGUCAUUUUCCACCCAAAUCUGCCAUUAUUCCACGUUUAAACCAAAGCAUUUGUUACUCUUCAGAGGAGUCAGCCAUGACAUUAACACUCACAUACUGUAGGGGUUGGGGGGACACCCUACCCCUCCCGCUGAACCCCCCUAGUUGACCCCUUCCAUCUCCUUAUGCCCGAGAGGGUCACUUCAAAAGGACAGAACCCUCACCCAACAUAAAAGGGGUGCAUACGGGGAGGGGAUCGGAUGGUGUGAUGGGAUCAAACAUACAGAAAGAGGGGAUGUUUUUGUAAGAGGAUACCAAAAAUACAAACCAAAAAUGUCAGAAACAAACCAAAAAGAAACACAACCAAAUAUGGAUGGGGGGGGGGGGGGGUGAGGGGAGGAGGACAAAUGUGUUUUUACAGACUGGAGCUGACACCUCUGUCUGUUAUCCAACUAACUGGGCUUCAGUGGCCCUCUCUACACUGUGUAGCACAGAUGGACAGAUGUAUAGAGAGACAUCCUCCCUCUCCCCUGUCUUUUUCUCUCCAAACUCAGCUCUUCUUCUCUGGUCCUGGAUGGAGAAAUCUCUAAUGACCUCAUUGAACUGAAUCUUCAAAGUCAGUUUUUAUUUUUCCUGUUUGUUGGUUUAUUUUGUAUUUGAUUUGUUUGCUGUGUCUCUUGAUGCUGUUUAUGUGCUGUUCUUUACUCAUUUGGGAUAAUAACGUAUUCACUUACUACAACAGCUCCUUAUUUUUUCCUAGUUGUUCUAGAGAUUUCUAAUCAGGUGGUUGGAAAAAUACUGUGAAAAUGUAGCUUCCAGAUUUUUAUUAGAUAAAAAAAAAACCUGACUGUCUUGGCAGAAAAAAGACACAUAAAAAGUCCAAAACAAGAGUUGAAAAGCAAAACGUGCAAACCAAAUACCAAACCAAACACCAAAUCAAACACCAAAUACCAAACCAAACCAAAAAGGCAGGAUAAAACUAGAGAUGGUCCAACUGCCGUCCCUGCCGUUGCAUUAGGGCUCACACUUAUGAUUGUGUCAAUUUAUCUGAAGUGUGUGCGUUGUGUGAGGGUGUGAUAUUGUGUGUGUGUGUGUAUGUGUGUGUUGUGUGUACAUGCAUUAUAGAAAGAAUUCAGUGGAGUUUACAAAGAUGUCCUCCCUUGCACGUUUACCGCCAUUAUCACACACACACACACACACUUCGGCAAAAAUUUACAGUCGAGUUUAAAAUGCAUCCAAAGAGUAUUUGGUUUGACACACAGAAAUACAGUUGUCAAAUGAGAAUCCUUAAUGAAUUAAUCUAUUUUAGAUGUGGGGGUUCUAACCACGAGGUGAAACCUUUCCUCAACAUGAACUCUUAGACGGAAUGUAUCUGUUAGUGCUUCUAUAGAUUUAGUAGAAAAAAAGAUCUGUGUCCUAAUGCUUACUUAUUGCUAAUGUAUUGAGAAACAUACAAAAAAUAUCUUAAAAACAUUGAUGAUAAUGACUUGAUUUUAGACCAAAAAUGUUACUCUCUCUUGAUAAAUAUAUGGUUUAUUUUUCUUUGUCGAAUCAUUUAGGACUUUUGAUUGAUUGUACUAUUUAUUCAUCUUAAAUUUGAUUGAUUUAAGCUUAUAUUGAUUUCUUCUAACUAUUUAUUUGUUAUUUAUUUAUUCUAGAGUCUUUUUACAGGGGAUAUAUUUUGGGGUAUAUAUUUAGAAUAUAUAUUACGGGGCUGUGACCAAAAAUCCUGCUGAAGUACCUUCUCACCUCUUCAAACCAGAUACAUGCAACCACAGGUCUCACGGGGCCUAGGAGAACAUGGUCAUGUUUGGCCACAGACUUACUGCGACUACUCUUAAAGCUCUUAAAGGGGUGGGGGUGAGCUCACCGAGACUCUUUUCAAAUGGUUGGGGUGAGCUUACAGGGGCCAGCACUGUGUCUACAUAGAGCACUUCAGUAUGACCACCUAACAGCGUUUUCUCAGGCAUUUACAGGGCAGGGAAAGGUCAUGGGAAUAGGAACGUCAGCUUCAUAUUGAUGUACAUUUGAGCAAUUCAAUGUUUUCAGGUGUUGCAUGCUGUCUUUCCUAAAUAUGGGGUUAAUUGUCCUAACGAUAAUGAUAUUACUAGUGAUGUCCUUAUUGUAUGAUUGAUGAGUAAUGACUGGUGAGAUGAGAGGGACAGAGCAUCUGAGUGUUUCUGGCUUUAUGUGCGGUCUUGUGAUGUUGUGUUUAGUUGAAGUGGGGAUAGGGAGCCUCAGUAGGGUUCUCUACAGCCUUACUACAGUCCAGGAUUGUUACUGGAGACCCACACCCAGGUGGGAUCAAACCAGUCAUGAGUGAAACUUUUAAAACAUUGUAUUAAUAAAUCUCAAAGCUUUAGAACUGUUUGUUCCCAUUACGAUGUAUACCAUAUACUUUGGACGGAUCAGGUUAGAGGGAUUAUAUCCCGGAUGUACACGUAGUCAGCGCUGCCUAUAAGAUAGUAUAAUGUAUGUUUGAAUAUAGCCCAACAGUUCUGGAAGAGAGCUCCGCUGACAGGGAUGGUCAGGCAGGCAGAUUGUUCUUCAAGAUACAGUGCUGUUCCCUCACAACCUCUCCUCUCCUCAUGAGAAAUACAUUGAAAGCUUUAAACAGCUACCAAACCAAAAAACUAGUUAGAAGAUGCAUUGACUGGGGUAAAGGAACGUGACAGAGGGACUUGUUUUCUUUUCUUUCUGUUUUGACUUUUCUUGAUGUUGGUAGGUUUUGUUUCCCACAUCUACUGUAGGAUGUUAAAGAGAGAUAUACCUCAUAUACUCUGAUGAUAAACCAAAUAGAUUAAAGCUUUUUUUUUUUUAAAGCGGGGUUCGUGUGGGGAUCGGGGUGUGGGGUGGUAUUGUGUGUACGUGUGAGUGUGACCACGAAUGGCCAGAGCGAGGCUUGGGUCCGGCAGAGUUCAAAGGUAAUGGGGUCAGAGUUCACAUUUCUUGUGCCCCAUCCAAAUCAGGAGACAUUUUGGGUAGCAAGUUGUAUGCCAGCCCUCUCGCUGUGGUUCCCAGUCCACUCCCCCACACACCUCCCUCUCAGUCUGGUCUGUAGAACAAUCCCCCUGCUCUGUACAGCCCUCUCUCCAUCCCCCUCUCCCCUACUGCUCCCUCCGUGCUGAAACGAAACACUCUCCAAGUAUAAGUUUCCCAUAGGCACAGAUCUAGGAUCAGCUUACCUUCCUCCAAAUCCUAAUCUUAACCAUUCAGGGCACAUAACACUGGCCUUAGGUCAGUGUCUAUGGAGCAGCUUUGUCCUACUCCUUAACACAAAGCUUUUUUACAGGGGCUAGCCUCUGGGUACCCAGCGUCUUUAGGUGAUUGGCUGGAUGUUGUGUUGUUUAGAUUAUUGACUGGAUGUUGUGUCCGUCAGAGAUGUGUGUGGCAGCGAGCGCAGAGGGGUAGGUGACUGGGGAAGGGCUGAGACUGUGGUUGCUAGGUGACGCAUGCAUACACUCCCCCAAGGUGGAAGUCCCUAUUUCUCCCUUGCUCUUUCCUUCUGUAAUGAGGUGUAGAUCAGUUUAGGUCCUCUACAUCCUGGUAGGAUGCUUCUGUGGAUCUCAGGGUCUUAGGGAUCACAUGCAAAGUGUAAGUCCUUUCAGUAGGGAUACCCCCACAAGAGAAUGAUACCAAAGUUUAUGCCCUACUGUUGGAUACGGCACCAUGCACUCACUCCCUAAAACCCUGCUGUUUACCCGUGUCUGCACUGUUGGAACACAAGCAUUUCGCUACACCCGCGAUAACAUCUGCAAAAUAUGUGUAUGCGACCAAUAAAAUGUGAUUUGUCCAUUCAGAGACUACACCUCUCCUAUAGACUGAGUAGUCACCUGGGCAUAGGUGCAGAUCUAGGAUCUGUUAACCUUUCCCUAAUCAUAGCUAUUAGUGUAGGGAGAACACAAAACUGACCUUAGAUCAGCAUCUAGAGGCAACAAAUCCUACUCCCUUUAAUAUAGCCUGGGUCAACAUUAUCCCAGCAGAGUUUAGUCUGGAAGAACAUCUCCAGACAUCUUUGGCAUGAACCAUUUUGUACAUUUCUACAGUCUGAACAUCACAACAUUGAUUCAGUUCAUGGAUUAAUUCCUUGUAGUCUCAGCGAAACACCUUAGCAACCGUGUCAAAUGAGAAACAAAGGAAACUGUGAAAUGUAGGAAUCGAUAUUGCAACCUGGACUCAAGGAUAGACGUAACAUAGUAAAUGUAAAUCCGAGACAGUGUAAUUAGUACAUGUUACGUUUGGUAUGAGACCAAGCUGGAAUUGAUUUAAAUUGGAGCAGAACAGGCAAUGAUUAACAGUUUACUGAUAGAUGACAGAACAUUGUGUAGAUGUCAAGGCAGGAGAAAGCAAAGGGGGACAAAAAGACAAAAUCAGGAGCAAAGAAACAAAAAAAGGAGGAUGACUGAUAUUCCUCGUACCUACUCACUUCCACACACCCUCUCUUUCAUGCUUUCUUCUGUCUUCAUUCUCUCUCUUGUACAAUACAGCUUCAGUCCAAAGUUCCUUAAGCAAGACAGCAAAGUCCGAUCGUACAGAAUAAAACCAAAGAGUUCGACAUUCCUCCUCUCUUUCACAGACAGCCACUGCAUCCCUCUUUCUUUCUCUCCUUUCUGUCUAUUCAUCUCUUUUCUGCUCCAACCCCGUCACCUAGUAACCCAGUUUCUGACCUCAGCUAUAUCAAUGAUGAUAAUAAUGAUGAUUAAGAUCAUGAUAAAAAUGUAUAUUUUUAAGUAUUUGUCAUUGGAAAGUUACCUUAAGAUUCUCGUAAAUAUGAUGAUGAUGAUGACGAUAAUGAUGUUUCUCUUGGUAUCUCUGUAGUUGUUCUGAUCUUUUUUGAGAUUCGUCCUUUUUGCUCAUGCUGCCAGAGUAAUUCUGAUGAUCCCAUGAUCCUCUCGGGGUUUGUUGACCCUGUCCUUUUAGUUCUGUCUCUCUGUCCCUUACCACUGUCUGUCUGUCUGUCUGUCUGUCUGUAUUCCUGUCUGUCUGUCCCUUACCACUGUCUGUCUGUCUGUUUGUAUUCCUGUCUGUCUGUAUUCCUGUUUGUCUGUAUUCCUGUCUGUCUGUAUUCCUGUCUGUCUGUCCCUUACCACUGUCUGUCUGUCUGUUUGUAUUCCUGUCUGUCUGUAUUCCUGUUUGUCUGUAUUCCUGUCUGUCUGUAUUCCUGUCUGUCUGUCCCUUACCACUGCCUGUCUGUCUGUAUUCCAUGUUGUCCUCUGUGUUCAUUGGGCAGAGGGAAAAGCUACAUGUUUCAACCGAAAAUGUGAGUUUUUCCAGGGAAUUCCAGACUUCUUUGGUGGUUUGUGGGGAGGGGUUAAUAAACGGAGGGAGGAGGGAAAACUGUCAUAACUGCUAUAACUGUUCUGUGGAAAUAAGUCCCCAAGGUGUAGGUGUGUGUGUGCGCUCGCCUCAAAAUGUAUUUCAUCUGUUAGAUAAGCAACAGGUUUGUAAACAUUGGCUUGAUUGGGGAUUUACUGUUAGUCAACAUGUAGUUAAUUUCCCUCUGUCCGACCUUCAACCUUUGUUGUUUGUUUCCCUAUCCAUUUUAGUGUGUGUGUGUGUCCUUAUCCUCUCUCCCGUCAUUUGUUCUACCAUCAUGUGUCUUACAUCAUGUGAGCAGUCCUCCUCUGUCUCUCCCUCCCUUCUUCCUUGUGGUAGCAACUUAGCCUUUUACUGUGUUUAUCUUUAAAACAAAAACAAAAAAACAAGAAAAAUAUCUCUGCUUGUUCAUAGUACAGUGUUGUUCAUUUAAAGUCAUUUUUGUAACUGAAAGUGUUUCAUUCAUCCAAAUAAAAACAGGAGACAAAAACUGUA